AUGCCCCUGCCCCUGAUGCGAAGCCCCACCCCUGGCCCGAGGCCCCGCCCCUGGCGUGAGGUCCAGGCUCAGGUCCCGCCCCCUGACGUCAGGCCCCCGCCCCUGACCGCGAGGACCCGCCCCUGGCGCGAGGUCCAGGCUCAGGCCCCGCCCCCGGUACUAGGCCCCGCCCGUGACGUCAGGUCCCAUCCUUGUCGUCAGGCCCCUCCCCCUGACGUUAGGCUCCGCCCCCUGGCGCUAGGCCCCGCCCUCCGGCGCGAGGCUCCGCCCCCUGGCGCGAGGUCCAGACUCAGGCCCCGCCCCCUGACACUAGGCCCCGCCCCUGACGCCCCGCCCCUGACGUCAGGCCCCAGCGGUGACGUCAGGCCCCUGCCCCUGGCCCCAGCCGUGCGUCAGGCCCCUCCCCCUGACGUUCGGCUCCGCCCCCUGACGCGAGGCCCCGCCCCUGGCGCGAGGUCCAAGAUCGGGCCCCGCCCCCUACCACUAGGCCCCGCCCCUGACGUCAGGCUCCGCCCCCUGGUUCGAGACCCCGCCCUCUGGCGCUUGGUCCUGGCUCAGGCCCCGCCCCCUGACACUAGGCCCCACCGCUGGCGUCAGGCCCCUCCCCUUGAUGCUCUGCCCCCUGGCGCGAGGGCCCGCCCCUGGCGCGAGGUCCAGGCUCAGUGCCCGCCCCCGGCACUAGGCCCCGCCCGUGACGUCAGGACCCACGCUGUCGUCAGGCCCCUCCCCCUGACCCAGGCCCCCCUGACGCUAGACUCCGCCCCCUGUCGCGAGGCCCCGCCCCCUGCCCCUGGGCCCCGCCCUGACGUCAGGCCCCCAGCCGUGACGUCAGCCCCUCCCCCUGAUAGGCCUCGGGCCCCCGCCCGUGACGUCAGGCCCCCUCCGCCUGACGUCAGGCCCCUCCCCCUGGCGCGAGGCGCAGCCCCAGGCCCCGCCCCCCGGGCCCGGCGGGCGGGAACCGGGCGGCGCCCGCGGGGAGGAGGAGCCUGA